GCGGGAACAUAACAAGAUUGUCAGGAUUUUAAAGUCACCACUACCAACACCAGACGACUAGACAGACCAGUGAGCAAAGCAGCCACGUUGGAACUUGCAGUUGUUUAUUUCUAGACCGCAAACUUGUAAAUCGAGAUCACCGUAAACAAGCCGUAAUCAUGAGAGUGAAAGAGGUCGAGAGGACCGUGAACGUGGCGUGGUCGCCUCCUGACCAGCAUCCAACCCUACUGGCUGGAGGAACGGCGGCCCAGCAACUGGAUGCCACUUUCAGCACUACGUCUGCGCUGGAGUUGUUCUCUUUGAACCUGAGUGAGCCAGGCACAGACAUGGAAAAAGUUGCAGGAGUACAGACAGAUCAGAGGUUCCACAAGCUAGUGUGGAGCAUGGACAAUUUGAUUGCUGGUUGUGAUGGAGGUAUAGUCGAAAUUUACAGUCCCCAGGAAAUGCUGGGCGGACAAAAAGAUCUGAAGAUCAAGAAGAAUGGACACAGUGGUGCUGUCAAGGCUCUUGACAUAAAUCCAUAUCAACAAAAUUUAUUAGCUUCUGGUGCUGGUGACUCAGAAAUUUUCAUCUGGGACUUGGUACAAAUGACAAGUCCAAUGACCCCUGGAGCCAAGGUGACUCCACCAGACGCAGUCAGUUGGCUGUCUUGGAACAGACAAGUGCAACAUAUUCUGGCUUCCACUUUUGCAUCCAGAUGCGUGGUCUGGGAUCUGCGUAAAAACGAACCCAUCAUCAAACUAGCUGACUCAAACUCUCAUGUUCGCUGGAACGUGGUUGCUUGGCAUCCAGACGUGGCCACGCAGUUAUGUCUGUCCUCUGAAGACGACAUGGCACCAGUGGUGCAGCUGUGGGACCUGCGAUUCGCCACUUCGCCCCUCAAAACCAUGCUGGGCCAUACAAGGGCAGUCACUUGUAUCUCUUGGUGUGAGAAGGACCCAGAUCUUCUGCUCAGUUGCGGCAGGGACAACAGGAUUCUCUGCUGGAAUCCAAAUGAGAACACUCAAGGCCAUGAACUUCUCUGUGAAAUUCAAACUCCGCAUCAGUGGCUCUUUGACGUUUCUUGGUGCCCUAGAUAUCCUUCCCUCAUAUCCUGCUCCAGCUUUGAUGGCCAUGUUAGCAUUUACUCCUUGACUGGUGGCCAACAAGCGCCCACUGUAACAACUAGCAAGAUUGCAGACUCAUUUCCCGGCAUGGAGAGCCUUGCGCCUGCAGUUGUGGCUCAGCCAGUCGUUCAAACCCACGUGGACCUGAGAAAACCGCCAAAGUGGUUAAGAAGGACUGCAGGAUCCUCUUUUGCUUUUGGUGGCCGUCUAGUUCAAUAUUCUACUGACGAGCCGAACAAAGUAAUCAUCAGCCAAUUGGUGUCUGAGCCAGAGCUGCUCACCCGCGCCGCAAAACUGGAGCACGUACUUAGCCAGGGCAUGUACUCUGAGUUCUGCUACGAGCAACUGCAGACUGCUUCGUCGCCGCAGCUAAAAACCCUGUGGCAGUACUUGGGUGCCCAGUUUGAAGCUCACCCUCAGUCGGCUACGCUCACCUUGCUAGGCUACCCCCUUGACCAAAUAAACAGCAGCAUCAACGCGGCUCUUGGCGAUGACAUCAAUAAACUGACCAAUGAUGUCUCUCAUUUGACCACUAAUGGUGAUCUCCAGACUGAAGAAUUCGACCAGAGUUUCCCCUAUUCGGAUCUUCCAACCGAAAAAUUCUGCAUCCCUAGCUCGCUUGACCCAGAAGGUCAAAUUGGCCAGGCACUGUUGGUUGGAAAACUGGAAGCGGCUGUGGAGUUGUGUCUUCAACAAAACCGAAUGGCCGACGCGCUGCUUCUCGCCAUGACUGGCGGGGCAAAACUGCUUGCCCAAACGCAGAUGCGCUACUUCAAGCAAUCGAAAGGCUGGCUUUCUCAUCUGAUUAACGCUGUUGUGAGCCAUGACUGGAAGUCUAUUAUUGCCACUUGCUCGUUGUCCUCGUGGCCGCAACUUUUGGCUGGAAUCCUCACCCACGCGAACGGGGAGGACUUCUAUUUACUGUGUCAACAACUUGGCGAAAGACUAGAGAGUGAUGCAGAAUACAAAUCGUUUGCCCAGGUUUGUUACCUUUGCUCCGGCAAUGUGGACAAACUUGUUUCUUCAUGGGACACAAACUUUGCUCCAAGCAGCAAUUUGCAGCUGCAGGAAAUGGUCCAAGGAGCUCUUUUGCUCCAAAUAGCUGCGUCCCAGUCUCAGGGUAGAACGAUUCCGACUACGGGAAGUCUGGCUAACUUGCUGUCCAAGUACGCCUUCCUUCUGGCCUCUCAGGGCGCCCUGACUUCAGCCCUGUCCUGUUUGGAGACUGCCCAAGAUGAGUCUGCCCUUGAGCUGAAAGACAGACUGACAACAGGUCUUGGCAUGAAGAGCCAGCCCAGAGCUGUGCAGAAACAGCAUCUGCAGCAGCAGCAAACAUUCAGGAGGCCCAGUGGCCCGCAGAUUCCUACACAGCCGUGGCCGAGAUCGCGAACUGUUAGUCAGUCAAGUGGUUACGACCAACCGGCAGUGCAGGCUUACCCUUCCAGUGGUCCAGUGUACCCGCAGACUUCGCCUGUGUAUCAACCGGCACCCAGUUUGUAUCAGCCCACGCCAAAUGUGUACCCUCCGGCGCCCUCACCUUCUCCUUAUCCGACUCCAAUGCAGCCUGCAGCCACCGGGUCUCCUUCACCUGCCCCUCCUCCGCCGACAACUGGAGGCAAACCUUCAGGAAUUGGCUCUGGCUUAAGCAGGAAAUAUAUUGCCGACCCCUCUGUGCAAAAUAACAGUUCUUACGGCCAAAGCUACGGUGGUGGACAGUAUGGCCAGGCGAGUUCGUACCCAUCAUCUCCUUACUCUGGUAGUCCUUAUGGAGCAGACAACAGCUACUCCUCGUCCCAGCAGCCCAGCGUCUUCUCUCCUAUGCCGAGUGCUGCCUUACCCAGUGAUCAGUCAUUCAACAACUCUUCCUACUCCUCAUACACAGGUGUUUAUUAUGGCUAUGCAGAGCCGCAAGCUAGUGUGGCGCCUGCCCCGCGGCCACAGCCCAAACUGAUGGAGAGCCAGCUCGCACCGCCAGGAUGGAAUGACCCACCACCAAUCAGCAAGCCAGUGCAGAAAAAAUCUGACAUUAAUGCCCCCGCUCCCAUAACCUGUCCUUUAUAUGGCGUUGCUCCUGCAGAACCUGAGCCAGUCAACACGGGUAUGCCAGGGUUUUAUCAGCCGAUGAUGCCUCAGAAUCCGAUGAGCCAAAUGCCUCAGAAUCAGAUGAGCCAAAUGCCUUACAAUCAGAUGAGCCAGAUGCCAAACCAACAGUAUAAUAUCAUGCAGCCUGCUGCCACAGCGCCUGUAUCGCCGGUGAGAAAGGCCACCAUCUGCGAGCCUCCUAAGCCCAAGGCGGAAAUUCCUGCUGAGCACCAAAUCAUCGCGACAGUGCUCACCUCGCUGAAGGAUCAAUGUAUUAGUUUGGCACCAAAUCCGCAGAUACGCCGAAAGAUGGAGGAUGUUGGCAGGAAAUUGGAAAUUCUUUUUGACAGCCUUCGCGAGUACAAGUUUCAAAAAAUGUUACAGCUCUCGGAGAACUCUUUUGCCUCGUUCCACGAACUGAUCAGGCACAUCCAGGCUGGCGACUACCAAGGCAGCCUGCAGCUUCACACAGUAAUGAUUUCUGGGCCAGAAUUCUCGCAGAUGUCCGCCUUCAUGCCCAGCAUCAAGGUCCUGAUCCAGACCUCUGCUCAGCUUGGCGCCCAUGUGCAGUAGUGAGUUGUCACAUGUUUUUCGCAGAUUCACCAAAUGAACUAUUUUGAAUGGAUGGGGAUUAUGGUGGUUGAGUUCUUGUAAUCAUUGUAAAAAGGAAAUUUUAAGAGAUCGUUAAUUAUCAUAAAAUUGUUUAUCUGUUAGGUUUUGAUAAUAAUAAAUGAUAAUUUUAAACCGGUAAA